GCGGGAGAUGUAACUGAAGUGAACGCCAUAUACAAUGCUUAUUGCAAACCGACGGCCCGUACGGAGCCGUUACCUGUGGGCUCGUUGAAAGGCAAUAUCGGCCACACAGAAGGCGCCGCCGGUCUGUGCGGACUAAUCAAACUGCUAAUCGUUUACGAAAAUGAACGCAUACCACCAUGUCGCAAUCUACAUCAACUGCGCGACGAUCUAGCGCCAUUACUGCCGUUCAUUAAGCCCGUGGUAAAAGUGCAAAAUUAUACACCAGGCUUGGCAGCGGUGAACAGUUUCAAUAUCGCCGGUGCGAACGCACAUGUAUUGCUCGAACCCAACUAUAAGUUGGCCACAAGUGAUGGCCACCAAAGAGUGGCCGAUAUUAUGCCCAGAAUUGUCAACAUUUGCGGCAGAAGUGAAGCCGCUGUCAAUCAUAUCAUGAAUUUUAUCGAAAAUAAUCCCAACAAAAUUUCAAAUGACUUUUUGGCACUUUUGACGCAAACUAUGAAUUAUAAAUUUAAUGUCAAUUCGUCGGGAUUCCCGUUCAGGGGCUCAACUAUAAUGACAAAAAUGUCAAAUGAAAUUAACAACGAAACAAAAUACAAAUACAAGAGACACGUGACAGUUAUGGCGGAUAAAACUAUACGCCCACUAUGGGUACUAUUCCUGGGUUUGGGCGGUCAGUGGCCGGCGAUGGCCAGGGCUUUGAUGCCAGUCAAACGAUUCGCCGAUACUAUCGACGAAUGCCAUCAAAUAGUUAGCAAAGAGUUUGGCAUCGAUUUGAAGCACAUAUUACUUUCGGAGGACAAGACAGCGAUCGCCACAAUGACCGCCAAAUUUGUGGCCACGACUGCAGUAGAGGUGGCGCUGUUUGCGGUCAUCAAAGAACUGGGCAUUACUCCCGACGGCAUAAUAGGGCACUCGUUCGGUGAGAUUGCCUGCGCUUUUGCCGACGGAUGUCUUACAGUUAAUGAGGCGAUUGCCGUAUCGGCCAUACGUGGGGUAAAUAGUGUUCAAAACGCAAAUAUACCCAAAGGAUUGAUGGCAGUCGUGGGUCUGUCCAGAGCUCAGGCGUUGAAAUACUGUCAAAACGAGGUAUACAUCGCAUGUAAUAACGCGAACAAUAAUGUUGUCAUUUCAGGUCCGAUAAAUGAAAUGUUAGAAAUUAUGAAACAAUUGAAAUCAAAGGGCGUAUUCGUGCGGCCAUUAGAUUGCGAUGAAAUCCCAUACCAUUCACCAUACGUUAGCAAUGGUGCAAAAGCGAUGAGAGAGGCCAUCGAUCGACGAGUACCGGUGCCUAAACUACGAUCGCCAAAAUGGUUGUCCACAUCGGUGUUGACCAACACUGACGGGGCGUUCAAAUACUGUGACGGCGGGUAUUUUGAAUAUAAUUUAGUAAAUGAGGUCCGUUUUCACGAUCGGUUACAGACACUGCCCGCCGACGCCGUUGUCCUGGAAUUGGGUCCGCAUUCCGUGUUUCGGCAAAUAGUGGCUGAAACCCUACCGAACGCCGCGUAUAUCGCGUUACUUAAAAAGGACUCAAACGAGACAAAUAUGGAUAUGUUUUUGUCCGGUUUGGCGCAACUCUACGGACUGGGCUUUAAUAUGUCAAUCGAUCGGCUGUACCCGCGUGUGGAGUGGCCGGUGCCCAGGGGCACGCCAUCGAUCGCCAGCCUCAUCCAAUGGGAUCACCGGCAACAGUAUUACGUAACCCCAUUCGUUGAGCGAUAUUUUAAAUCCACCUCGGCCGAUUCAAUUGUGACGAUUGGCCACCUACGGGCGCACGACUCGUUUUACCUUGAACAUAAAGUUGAUGGCCGGGCUGUGGUGCCCGCGGCCGGCCAUUUGAUGUUUAUGUGGCGCAGAGUGGCCGCGAGUGUUGGCAAACUCUGGACACAGUGUCCGGUGGUGUUUGAAAACAUACACUUCAAACGUGCCGUGUAUUUGUCGGACACGUGCGACACUAAACUUGUCAUUAAAUAUUAUCCACCUUUAGGUGACGAACUGUGCGUUACGGGCCGAGCGCGCACAACCGUAGGCGAUGCCGGUGUGGCCACCAUUGAUACCAAAUGUAAGUCCGUACUUAUAACCCAGGAGUCCAUCGACGAGUGGGAGCCGCGUGUCAAUCGGCCCAAUACAUACACCAUAGACCGGGCGGACAUCUAUAGGGAUUUCCGGGCGCUGGCCUUAGAGUACGGGCCGGCCUUUCAACGGCUGCGCUCCAUCGAGACCGACGACUUUCGAAUGGCGUACGGCCGGUGCGAAUGGACCGGCAAUCCGGUCACUUUUAUGGACGCCCUGUGCCAAUCGAUGGCCCUCAUGUCCCCACAUCGACAACUAAUUAUGCCGGUAAUGAUUCGCAGUCUGCGUAUAGAUCCGCGCGUACUGUUUGACGGACUCCGGGCCCGACGUUUGCCCGUACGGAUUGGCCAAUUUAACGAGCAGAUAACACACAGCGACAAUAGUAAAGCUGACAACCUAGAUGAGUUUGAUGAGCGUUAUGCGAAGUACUCGGUGGACAUGCCGUUCCGGUACAACACUGUCACUAAACAAUUGGUGGCGCCGGGCAUUGAAAUGGAGGGCAUCGCCGGCCAACCCAUACCGGGCCGACACGAGACCGGCGUAACCGUUGAGUCCUAUGAGUUUUGCGCCAACAAUGAUAUGACAGCCAUCGAUGACAGUAUGAGCGCCAAAGUGUCCCAAUAUAUAAAGCCGGGAGGAGAGAGAUUGCGAUAUAUUUUCCAUUGCGAUAACAAUACGACCAAAAAUAUUAACAGUGAUAUCGCGUCGAAUAUCUAUUUGCACAUGUUUGCCACCGAUUUAAUGGCAAAUGUCAUUAAAGGCGGAGUUGUGGGCACUUAUAGGCAUUUAAAGUUGGCUAAUGAUUAUGAUAAAUGUGUGUCAAAUGAUUAUUAUUUCAAUAUGGGCCAAACCCGGGGCCUAUCCGGCUUAAAAUGGUUUGACGCAAGCAAAUUGUCUCACUCUGGCUGCGAAUUUAAUGAUAACUGUGACCACAAAACACGGGUCGACAUAUAUUACGCGGGCGUUUCGUUUCGCGACGUUAUGCUGGCAACCGGCCGUUUACCGUGCGAUACGGACUUACAAUUCACGGAUUGUUUUCUGGGCAACGAUUUCGUCGGCCGCCGCACUGACACCGGGCAACGUGUGAUGGGCUUUGAUUGCGGCCGAUGUUUGGCCACUAGUAUUAAUUUGUUGGCCAACCGUACGAUUCCCGUUCCCGACCACUGGUCAAUGGCCGAAGCGGCCACUAUUAUGAACGUAUAUUUUACUGUAUACUACUCUCUCAUUAGAAAUUCACUAAUGAAAAAAGGCGAAACAAUUUUAAUACACUCGGCGGCGGGAGGCGUGGGUCAGGCGGCUAUCAAUGUGUGCCAACACUACGGGUGCGAUAUAUACGCGACGGUCGGCACCGACGAGAAGCGCCGAUUUCUAAUGAAUGAGUACAACAUUCCGGCGGACCGUAUACUCGGUUCGCGUGAUAUCAGAUUCAAGAGCGCCGUAAUGGAGGGCACCGGCGGUCGGGGCGUCGAUAUUGUACUCAAUUCGUUGGCCGGCGAACUGUUGACCGCGGGGUUCGAGUGUUUGGCCGACGGGGGCCGGUUCGUUGAGCUGGGUAAAUCGGACCUAGUUCAUAAUGGCACCCUAGAUCGUCGCCACUUUACUCGUGGCUUACAAUACGUUGGCGUAGCCGUCGAUCGGGUGCUGAACGUCGGGCCGGAAAUCAUCAACCAAUUUGCCGAUUGGCUGCGCGACGAGUGCUGUUUGCCAGCGGACGGCCGAUACGGCUGCGUUCGGCCGUUGGCUUAUAAGGCGUUCGCCGCGGCCGACGCCGGCGCAGCUUUUCAAUACAUGACAACCGGCCGACACAUCGGCAAAGUUAUUGUUAAACUGCGCGACGAAGAGCCCGAUAGGGGGCCGUUGAUAGGGGUACCACCGGCCCCAACCGCCACCAUGAUGGUUUACGCAAAAACCUUUUUUAAUCCCCAUAAAGUCUUUAUAAUUACCGGCGGUUUGGGCGCCAUUGGGCUGGAGUUGUUUCCGUGGAUGCACUACAGGGGCGCCCGAAAGUUUGUACUCAAUUCCCGGUCGGGACUCAGCGAUAACUAUAAACGAUAUUUUAUCAAUCGUUUCAAACACUACUUCGAGGAUAAGCCGUAUUUUAAGUGCGAUUUGUUUAUAUCGACGGCCAAUGCGUUGACUAUUAACGGCGCGACACAAUUACUGGCGGAGGCCCUGGGGUUGGGACCCAUUGGAGGGGUAUUUCAUUUGGCAUUUGUAAUGAAUGAAAGCCUAUACGAGAACAUGUCUUGGGACAGAUUUGACCAAACAGUGGCCCCAAAGCACCGGGCGUUGGCCAAUCUCGACCAAUUAACCAGGCAACUAGACUAUCAUCUAGAUUAUUUUGUUUUCUAUUCGUCCCAGGCCACUGGUAAGGGUCUGAGCGGACUCGCGAACUAUGGUUACGGCAAUUCUGUGUGCGAACGGCUGUGCGAACGCCGGCGCGCCGACGGCCUCCACGCGCUGGCCGUACAGUACGGACUGGUGGGCGAUGUGGGCGCCGGACUCGGCUACGAUUACAUCGAUUUGGUCUCCGCGUGUCGUAAACAGUCGGUCCGUUCGGCGUGCGAUGUGUUGGACACAAUGUUGGCUAUUGACAACCCGGUGCUCACGUCCCAGGUAUUUAACGACAACCGGACGGUCCAAUCAACAGGGAAGGCCGGCAGUCGACUGGUGGCCGAGUUAUGGACAGUGAUGGGCGUCGACCCAAACACUACGCCUUCGGAGACCACUCUGGGCGAGAUAGGGCUCGAGUCGAUGUUCGCCAUACAACUGCAGCAGGAAUUCAAAGAGUCACUUGAACUAAACGCCACGUUCGGCCAAAUUAAGUGCCUAACUGUAUGCAUGUUUAAGACUUACGCCGGCGGCGAUCACGAGCCCAUACGCAAACAGUUGCUCACUAAUUGA